GAACGAGAAAACGUCGUCGUGUUAAAUCACUGUUUAUAUCUUCCUUCUCCGGCGCUCCGGCAACAAUAAUUCUUCCUUUCCUCCGUCGCAAUGAUCGGCAAUUUCUCUUUCUUCCUCGUCCUCUUCGUAUCUGUCCUCGUUUCCUCUGCUAAUGCCAAGGAGACACUUUCCAUUUCCCCCAAAACUCUGAAUCGAUCUGGCGAUUCCGUCGUCAUUCAAUGGUCCGGCGUCGAGUCUCCGUCCGAUCUCGACUGGCUAGGCAUAUACUCGCCGCCGGAGUCUCCUCAUGAUCAUUUUAUUGGUUAUAAAUUUCUUAAUGUUUCCUCCACGUGGAAAUCUGGUUUCGGCUCCAUUUCCCUUCCUCUGACCAAUCUCCGAUCAAAUUAUUCUUUCCGGAUCUUCCGAUGGACCCAAUCCGAGGUCGAUCUAAAACACAAGGAUCAUGAUCAGAAUCCUUUACCAGGAACGAAACAUCUUCUAGCUGAAUCGGAGCAGUUGACUUUCGGAUCCGCCGUCGGGAUGCCGGAGCAGAUCCAUUUGGCGUUAGGCAGUAAGGUUAACAGGAUGCGGGUUAUGUUUGUAGCUGGGGAUGGAGAAGAACGUUUCGUGAGAUACGGAGAGGCGAAGGAGACGUUAGGCAACUCCGCGGCGGCGCGUGGGAUUAGGUACGAGAGAGAGCACAUGUGCGAUUCUCCGGCUAAUUCCACCAUCGGAUGGAGGGAUCCUGGUUGGGUUUUCAAUACCGAAAUGAAGAAUUUGAAUGGAGGCGUUAGGUACUACUAUCAGGUUGGGAGUGAUUCAAAGGGAUGGAGUGAGAUCCAUAGCUUUAUUGCUCGAGAUGGCUACGCUGAAGAAACCAUAGCUUUCAUGUUUGGAGAUAUGGGUUGCGCUACACCUUAUACGACGUUUAUCAGGACACAAGAUGAGAGUAUAUCAACCGUGAAGUGGAUCCUCCGUGACAUUGAAGCUCUUGGUGACAAGCCAGCUCUUGUUUCACACAUUGGAGAUAUAAGUUAUGCUCGUGGUUACUCGUGGGUGUGGGAUGAGUUCUUUGCUCAGAUCGAGCCUAUUGCCUCGAAAGUUCCUUACCAUGUCUGCAUUGGUAACCAUGAGUAUGAUUUUCCUGAUCAGCCGUGGAAACCAGAUUGGGCAGCUUUCACUUAUGGAACCGAUGGUGGCGGCGAAUGUGGUGUUCCGUAUAGUAUUAAGUUCGACAUGCCUGGAAAUUCAUCAGAACCAACGGGAACGAAAGCUCCUCCGACUAAGAAUCUAUAUUAUUCUUUUGAUAUGGGAUCGGUCCAUUUCGUUUAUAUCUCCACUGAGACGAAUUUCGUUAAAGGAGGCAGUCAAUACGAAUUCAUAAAGCGGGAUCUAGAGUCUGUAAACAGGAAGAAAACGCCGUUUGUUGUUGUGCAAGGACAUAGACCGAUGUACACUACGAGCAACGAGGUUAGAGACACUAUGAUUAGACAAAAGAUGGUUGAGCAUUUGGAACCGCUGUUUGUGAAGAACAACGUGACACUUGCUCUAUGGGGUCAUGUUCAUAGAUACGAAAGGUUUUGUCCGAUAAGCAACAACACUUGUGGCAAACAGUGGCAAGGAAACCCGGUUCAUCUUGUGAUUGGUAUGGCUGGUCAAGAUUGGCAACCGAUUUGGCAGCCGAGACCAAACCAUCCAGAUGUUCCCAUAUUCCCUCAGCCUGAACAAUCAAUGUACCGUACUGGUGAGUUUGGAUACACUCGUCUAGUUGCAAACAAAGAAAAGCUCACUGUUUCAUUUGUGGGUAACCACGACGGAGAAGUUCAUGAUACCGUUGAGAUGUUAGCAUCUGGGGAAGUAAUCAGUGGGAGCAAAGAGGGCACUACUAAAAGCCCAAAUCUUAAAACCAUUCCUGCUUCAGCUACGGUUUUGGGAAAAUCGGAAUCUAAUGUCUCGUGGUAUGUCAAAGGAGCAAGCUUGAUGGUUAUGGGCGCGCUUUUAGGGUUCAUUAGCGGAUAUUUCACCGGAGGAAAGAAAGGAUCUGCAUCUGCUAACCGUUGGAUCCCAGUCAAGAACGAGGAGACAUAAUAUUAUUAGCUGAAUCUAUUUAGGGGCACGAUUUGUAUAGUAUCUUUUUUUCCCACGUUAAGAACCAGGCUUCUAAAGUUGGGAAGAAAUUAUGAGUUUUUGUACACUAAUAAUACUGAUUUGUAUUUCUUCUUACACCACUCUACGAUGUCACAGUUUAAAGGGCUUUUGGUGUACAUACAUAUGUUCUGUAUGAGUAUAAAAAAUUUAUUGAAGCUUCUA